AUGCUGCAAAUUUCAGAGUUUCUUACCCCAGAAGACCGACUUGCAUUGCGCCAGUUUACACUCGCCGAUCAUGAAAAGGAGACUUCUAAUUCUCCUCCUGAGCCAAGAACUCCAACGCAGCCAGCGCCUUUUCUAAAAAGGCAUAGAGCAGUUGGUGAAGCAGUGCAGCAGGGAUCUUCGUCCGGGAAAAUGAAAUUGAAAGCGUCCACCUCUUCUGUAGAUAGAUGUGCCGAGAUGCCUUCAAAAGAAGAAGAAGAAGAAGAACAGAGCGGACUUCAACAAAAGCAAAAGCUGCUACAAGACCAACAAGAGCAGGGAAAACUGUGGAAAAUGACGCGUGACCGAGAAGCUCAGUUUUUUAAUCAGG